GCGUCCUUAAAAUAAAAGAAUUAAUUAUUAGAAAAAAAUUGAUAAAACAAAAAAAAAAAAAAAAAAUACUAUAACACACACAUUUGGGUGCAUAUUUUUUGUUGAAUUUUUUUGGUGCAGUGAAACUGUUCUGUUAGCGGGCCGAUCGCAAAUGUCGUUGCGGAAUUGUUGAUACCAAAUGCGAAUCACGGCGAAACGAUUAUUGGGGAGUCCUCCACUCGCCACCCUCGAUCGGAAUGGCAAAAUGCUGAUCCACCUGCUGAUCGUCGUUUCGCUCCUGGAAGCCAUCGGCGCCUUUCAGCCGGAGUUCGUGGAGAGCAUUUCCAACGUGUCCGUGGCCGUCGGACGCGAUGCAACCUUCACGUGUCACGUGCGACGCUUGGGCGGCUAUCGGGUGGGUUGGCUCAAGGCCGACACCAAGGCCAUCCAGGCCAUUCACGAGAACGUGAUCACGCACAAUCCCCGAGUCACGGUCAGUCACCUGGACCAGAACACGUGGAAUCUGCACAUCAAGGCGGUUUCCGAGGAGGAUCGCGGUGGUUACAUGUGCCAACUAAACACGGAUCCCAUGAAGAGCCAGAUUGGCUUCCUGGAUGUCGUGAUUCCACCGGACUUCAUCAGCGAGGACACCUCCUCGGAUGUGAUUGUGCCGGAGGGCAGUUCGGUGCGACUGACAUGUCGGGCCCGUGGUUAUCCGGAACCGAUUGUCACCUGGCGACGAGAGGACGGCAACGAGAUUGUCCUGAGGGACAGUGCGGGCACCAAGACCCUGGCCCCCUCUUUUCGCGGCGAGGUGCUGAAGCUGUCAAAGAUCUCGAGGAACGAAAUGGGCUCCUAUCUGUGCAUCGCCUCCAAUGGAGUGCCCCCAUCGGUUUCCAAGCGCAUCUCCCUCAGCAUACACUUUCAUCCGGUCAUCCAAGUGCCGAAUCAAUUAGUCGGCGCACCACUUGGCACUGAUGUCCAAAUCGAGUGUCACGUCGAGGCCUCGCCCAAAUCAAUUAACUACUGGAUUAAGGACACGGGUGAGAUGAUUGUGACGUCGGGCAAGUACCAUGUCCAGGAGAGUUCGCAGUCCAUGUACGAGACCAAAAUGUCGAUGAUAGUCAGGAAGUUCCAGAAGGACGACGUCGGAUCCUAUCGCUGCAUAGCCAAAAACUCGCUGGGCGAAGUCGACAGCAGUAUCCGCUUAUACGAAAUCCCCGGACCGAAUCGUAAUAAAAAUCCGCUGAACGGCAGCGGAAAAGGCGGCGGUGGCGGCGGGGCGGGCGGAAGCCUGGAUGCGGAUGCCAAUGACAUUUUGAAGCAGAAACAACAAGUCAAAGUCACCUACCAGCCGGAGGACGAGGAGCUGCAGUACGGAUCCGCCGAGGAUUUCGAGGCGGAGGGCGGCGAGGGCGGCGGGCUGACACCGUUAUCGCCGCACGUUUACUACACCAGCGGCAAUAAACCGGCCACACAUAAGCCGGGCAACUCCGGCGGCAAUCAGCAUCAGCAUCAACAUCAGCAGCACCACCAUCACCACCACCACCAGCAGCACGGCGGGGCGGGUGGCGGCGGCGGUGGCGCUGGCGGUGGGCCGGGCCAGCCAGGUGGCGGUGGGUCGGGGUCACCAGGUGGCGGCGAAAUGGGCGGCAUCACCCGCAAGCCGCCGCCAUAUUACGGCGGCAAUACGGAAGUGCGCGGCCCCAUCGACAACAACGAAAUGAGCUCCGGCUCCGGCGAUUCGCGACCACUGCGUCGGGGUCACCAUCUGCCCCAGCUCCUCUUCCUGCUCCCCCUCUCCAUCCUGCUCAUCCUGCCCAGGAGCUGGCACUGUCGACAGCCGUUCUUAAUGGGCUUGUCGACCCUGUCCGGCCUUCUGCUCAGCCUUUUAUAAUACGCAGUCUAAUGGACUCACCGGCACAUUCAGCAGCGGACUCAACAACACACGGAUGCGACGAAGGAAAAAUGGGUCUGAAGGGGCCCUCAACAAGACAGUCAUCGAGCGCACACCCACGCUCAAGCGAAGUGUGUAAUACUCAGUCUAGGGAUGUCCACAAUACUUUCACCAACCCAGAAACACAAGUGUUGGAGUACCUAAGUAGGUUCAACAACGAAAAACAACACACAUUUUGAGGUUUGUAAUUCUUUGCACUGCAAAUCUUCAGCAACACUCCCAGUCAGAGAGCAAAGUCCAAGGGACUGAUUAUUCACCAAACAUUCAACAACAUUGGCACCAAACACUCAACAACACUGUCACCAACAGUCUUGCAGUUUCGCAGUCAUGUGCAAAAGUCCAAGGGACUGAAUAUUCAACAAACAUUCAACAACGCUUCCACCACACACUCAACAACACUUACACCAACAGAUGUUUCAGUGUGUCGAACCUUCAAGGGACUGAGCAUUCACCAAACAUUCAACAACACUUUCACCAAUGGUCUCUACACCACGUACUCUCAACCAUUAAGAGACACAAACAGAAAACACACAUGUUGUAGUAGCAAAUGUUAAAUUGUUUAUAACAUAAAUGAAAAACAGAAAAAAAAACAGGGAUGGUAUUCGGAGGCAUCCAUAAAUAGUGAAUGUAUUUAACGCAAGAAUUUCUAGUGUUACCGAAACAAUUUUAAGGGGGUUGCGCAGUUAGGUAAUCAAAGCUAGCCAAAGGUUAAGCGGUACCCGAAAGCAUUUACAGUGUAUUAAGCACUGAGAGAAAAGUAAAGCCCAAUCGAAACAACUGCAAUUUUUUUUCCUAGCAUAAGAUAACUCUGGUUCCAUUGGAGGAAAACACUUGAUAUUUAUUGCUUUCAAGUCAACAACUUCCGCUCUAUUUGUUAUUAAUCAACCCUUUUGGGCUGCCCAACUUCUUGUUGCUUUUCUCAUUUAAAUCUUGGCGGCCGACACACCUUUUUUUUUACCAAUUUCCAAUUUCCCAAACCGAUUUACAAAACUUUCGAAAGGUCAAUUAAUAUGGAAAAGUAGGACAAAAACAAAGGCAAACUUUUUUGAUUUGUAGCAACAAAAAAUGAUUUCUUUUACUUUUCGUUUGUUAUUCGUUAAUUUGGGGUACUUUUGACUGACUUC